AUGGACUUGGACAUCCUACACCUGGUCCAGAAAGAACUCUCUUGUGCCUUCUGCCUCAACUACAUGAUGGACCCAGUCACCAUAAACUGUGGACAUAGCUUUUGCAGGCCCUGUGUCUGCCUGGCAUGGGAAGAAGCCAAAUCGCCUGUCCAAUGCCCAGUGUGCAGAGAGUCAACACAAAAGGAAGACUUCACAACCAAUGUUCAUUUGAAGAAUCUGGUUUCCAUUGCCAGACAAGCCAGCAUCCAGCACUCCCAGAACUCUGAGGAGGACAUGUGUGGUACCCACAAAGAGACCAGGAAAAUAUUCUGUGAAGAAGACAAGAGCCUGCUCUGUGUGCUCUGCUCUGACCCUCAGGAGCAUGCUGGUCACAGACACCAUGCCAUUGAUGUGGCAGCAGAGGACAGCCGGGAGACGCUGGUGAAGCAAAUGAGAUCAUUAUGCAGACAGAUGCAAGAAAACCAGAGGAACCUGAAUGAGGAGAGCACAAUACUCUCUGAGUGGACGUGCCAUGUGUCUCGGCAGAGAGAGAAUAUCAAGGCGUCUUAUGAGAUGCUGCAUCCAGGUCCACAUCAGGAUGAAAAAAAACACAUGAACACACUUCGAAAGCAACAGAACAGCAUUUUCCAAAAACUUAAGAAAAGCAAAGCUAAAAUGGUUCAAAAGAAAAGACAACUAAGACAAAUAUAUAAAGAGUUGAUGAAAAUGUACCAUCAACCAGACAUGGUGCUCCUCCGGAAUUUUGGAGGCCUAAUGAAAAGGUGUGAGUCAUUGCAGCAACAGAUGCCCCAGCCUGUGCACCCAGAGCUCAGGGCCCCAUCCAUACCCGGCCUGAUAGACUGGCUCAGGCAGUUCCAAGUGGAAAUUUCCUUCAAUUAUGGUAUCACCAAUCAGUUCGUGCUGAUGCUCCAUAUGAGAAGGCUCAUGUCAGCACAGGACCAUCAAGAUUCAAGGCAAAACUCGGAAAGAUAUGGCCAUUCUGCUGCCUGGGCAAUGCAGAACUUCUCCUGUGGAAAACACUACUGGGAGCUGGACGUGAAUGACUCUUGCGACUGCAUUCUAGGGGUCUGCAAGGAUCCUGGCAUCACUAAGAAGGGCACACCGAUGCAUUCUGAGGGCUCAUUUCUUCUUGUUUGUGUGAAGGAGGCGAGACACUUCAAACUCCCAACCAUUUCCCCAGUGAUGGCUCACAUUGUAGAAAAUGCAAUGAGCAAAGUUGGUGUGUUUCUUGAUUUUGAGAGGGGAAGUUUUUAUUCCACUUUCUUCUUCAAGCUUGAGAAUUGA